AUGGCUCCUCGAGAGAAAGUUGAGUUUGUCCUAGUCCGCCUGGCCUAUGCGCCUCACAUUCAUCCGCUGUAUCCGCACAUUAGCUACCAGAUCCGAAAGCAUCCGCCCACGGGAUCGGUCAUCCAGGUUCGCGAUUGGUUCGAGCAUGUCAUGAUGCGGGAGCGCUCCAAGCUGCCACCGGAUGUCAAUCUACGGUAUGCCGAAUGGCGCAUCAUCACUGGAGACGCGAAUCUGUUCAGCGUGGAGAGCUAUCGCUACGAUAAGAUCAUGCUGGUGCUGGGCGAGGAGAACAUCUCGUGGGUGUUUUACACUAACAACGCGAUGGAACGGCGCAUCGAGGGCAGCGCCUGCUUCCCCGUCAGCUACUGCGGCUGCUGUCUCAACAAUCAAUAUCUGCAGAUUAUGGCCAAGAUCAAGCAAACUUUGUCACGGAAGAAGAUUCGAUAG